UUCCUGUAAAAACUAUGCUCAACAGAAACAGCUACAUGUGAAACACAGGCACGAAAAAAACCCGGCACUAUUUCAGAAGAGUGAGAAAAUGGAUGACUUAUCAACAGCCUCAUGAAGAGCUCUCCCCACUGAAUGAGAUGGCCCAGUAGGCUUGAGGCGACAUAACAGCCAGGGGAGCUGCCAUGGACGCCCUGGCCAUCAGUGGAUUCCAACUCUCGCCGGAGAAACACUUUGACCGAAUAUUGGACAUCAGAGCAGAGAAGCGUGAGUACCUGCGAGGACGUAACAAUGUGACUUCAUGCCGCAGCCCUCCCAGAGACAGUACCACCUGGCAGAUAAAGAAAGAACUGAAAGAGAAGAGGCAGUUGGAGUUUCUGAGGAGGAGAUCGGUGAGCCCAGUGUGCCGUGAAGGCUCAUCGAGAAGAAAAUCUCCCUCACAGAUAUUUUCAAUGAAGUAUUACAGUUCAAGCUCAACAAACACGGAGAAUGCUAAAGGAUAUCCGCCCAUGGUUUUGACACCAAACAGCAGCAUAAGCAGUGAUCAAAGCACCAGCACAUGGGCCUCACUGUGGUCAGAACAGAUAACGGUGAUGAAGCAGGACAAAAGUCAUGCAAAGAAGCAAUCACCUACCUCCACGCCAUCUGUGAAGGAAUCAGAGCAGCACAGGGUGAAAAGUAUUCACAAAAAGGACACGAGUGUAAACGCACAAAAGACAACCACAAAAACACUCAUCAAAACAGAGAAGAUUUACCAGAAAUCAUCUGUACAAACUGAAAGCAUUCUUCAGAAAAAGAUACUGAGAGAGACCGGCGUGCAGACAGAGUCCGGACUCAUCACCGUUAAAGAAUCAGAUAUUCAGAAAUUAGCUGACUACCUACAGGAGGCUCUGUGGAGAGAAGAUGUGAUGAAGAAGAAGCUGGCUGAACUCCAGGAGAGCACGACAAACCUCGUGAACUCAUCCAACAAAAUAUGGACAGUAAGGCUCUCCCUCUGUUUACACGCAUCGAAUAACACACAUUUCGCUCUUUAUAAGGCCACACUGUUUGUCUUUCUGCUCUGGACGAGUGCAAGCUGUCGUUCUUAUACAGGAAGGGUGUGCCACUCGGAAGCGCUAAUUACAGCAAAGGCAGAGGCCCUGAAGUGGCAAAGCCUUCAUGAGGAGCUGAAGCUGAGCUCUGGAAAGCUCAGGGAGAGCCAGCACCUCAGUAAUGAACAGCUGCAACAGCUGCACAGCCAAGUGGAGCUGUGCAGAGCCAGAGAGCGUGAGCUGAGAGAUGAGAUGCUUUCAUUGAGACAAGAAAAGCAGGACCUACAGUACAACAUUUGUCUGCUGGAGGAAGACAACCAGACCCUGAGAGAAGAAAUCCAGCAACUCAGAGAUGGCGAAGAGGAGAGUCAAGACUUCAUGAUGCAGGAGUGUCUGGCGUCACAGGAACCUGAGCCUCGGCUGACGGUGAGGAGAGACUCUCAGCUGGAGGACCAGCUCCGCCACACUCAGGAGAAGCUCCAGCUCAAAGAGAGAGAGUGUGAGGAGCUGCAGGCAGAGCUGCACGCUAUGGAGCAGGAGUGUCAGUCCAGCCAGGCCCGGCUGUCGCAGUGCAGAGACGAACUCCGGCAGCUCAGCCACCGCCGCAGGGGACCAGUGAGUAGAGUGUGUGUGAGAUCAUUUAAGGGAGACUUAAUGCCCUUGCAGCACUCAAAAGCUCUCAUUGCCUUUAUAUUAUCAGCCAGUAAUUAAACCACUACAUAAUUCUAACACUCUGCCCCACUAUGC